GUUGCUUCUGCUGCUGUGAUUGAGGUGCUCUCACUGAACUGAAACUGCUGAGGAUUUGCUCACUGGGAUACCCAUUUCCAAGUCUUCGUUUGGAGGGAUCUACUGCCUACAGGCAGACACACAGAGACCCCCGUGGAAAAAGAACUGACAGCAAAAGGGGGGAGCCUUUUUUUCUGCAACAAGAGGAUGAGUGGGGGGUUGAUCAGGGAGCAGCAGUGGUUCAAGUGAGCAAGACAUGGUGGCUGUGAGUGGGAUCUAGUCUUCAUGGUUGGAAGGAAUUUUUCAUACAGGACGGAGAGCUGAAGAAAGACCUGCCCCUCACACAUGGUUGAUGGCCUGCGUGGAGAGUACUGAGAGUGGAGUGUGUGGAGUCCCUCUGUAGGGACCUGAGCACAGGGUGGAUUGUAUCUCGGGGUGCUGCUCCCCACUUCUGCGUGGUUAGAGAAUCACAGUGCCUGGGUGUGACAUCGUCAUGAAUGAGAGAAGAAAGUAAUACAGUAUUGGAUGUGCCUGUUUGCUGCCACUGUUUAGAGAGAAAAUGAUGCAUUAUGGGGAAUCACUCAAAAGGAGUGAAUGAGAUGAGCUAUCUGGGUUAUAGUAUCUGAAGGGCUAAGUUAUUCUCUUGGAGAGCCAUUCUAAAUGAGCCUGACCGAGACACUGGAUCUGUGUGAAGAAGACUAAGGAUAUAAUAGGAUGUCAACUGAGACAGAACUUCCAGUGGCUGUUAAAACCAGCGCAAAGAAAGACUCCAAAAAGAAAGGUCAGGAUCGCAGUGAAGCCACUUUAAUAAAGAGGUUUAAAGGUGAUGGUGUCCGAUACAAAGCAAAACUGAUUGGGAUAGAUGAGGUUUCUGCAGCGCGAGGAGACAAGUUAUGCCAAGAUUCCAUGAUGAAACUCAAGGGAAUUGUUGCUGCGGCUCGUUCGAAAGGAGAACAUAAACAGAAAAUAUUUUUAACUGUCUCCUUUGGCGGAAUCAAAAUCUUUGAUGAAAAGACAGGACUACUACAGCACCAUCAUGCAGUUCAUGAAAUUUCGUACAUUGCAAAGGAUAUCACAGACCACCGAGCCUUUGGAUAUGUGUGUGGAAAGGAAGGAAAUCAUAGAUUUGUGGCAAUAAAAACAGCCCAGGCAGCUGAGCCUGUAAUUCUGGACUUGCGAGACCUGUUUCAGCUCAUUUAUGAAUUGAAACAAAGGGAAGAAAUGGAAAAAAAGGCACAAAAGGACAAGCAGUGCGAACAAGCAGUAUACCAGACAAUUUUGGAAGAAGAUGUAGAAGAUCCUGUGUACCAGUACAUUGUGUUUGAGGCUGGACAUGAGCCAAUCCGUGAGCCUGAAACAGAAGAAAACAUAUAUCAGGUUCCGACGAGCCAAAAGAAGGAAGGUGUUUAUGAUGUGCCAAAAAGUCAACCUGUAAGUGCUGUUACCCAACUAGAGCUUUUUGGGGACAUGUCCACUCCUCCUGAUGUAACCUCUCCCCCAACUCCUGCAACUCCAGGUGAUGCCUUUAUCCCAUCUUCAUGCCAGUCACUUCCUGCUAUUACAGACACAUUUGGUUCUGUACCUUUCAACACUGCUGCUGUACCCUCAGGUUAUGUUGCAAUGGGAGCUGUCCUGCCCUCCUUCUGGGGACAGCAACCACUCGUUCAACAACAAUUGGCCAUGAGUACUCAGCCUCCAGUUGCUCAGGUGAUGCAGGGAGGACAGCCAAUAGCAUGGGGCCAACCUGGUAUUUUUUCUCCUACCCAGCAACCAUGGCCAUCUGUAGCUGGUCAGUUCCAACCAACUGCCUUCAUGCCAACACAAACUGUUAUGCCUUUACAAGCAGCCAUGUUUCAAGGUACCAUUGCUCCCAUAGCUACUGUUCCACCCACAAGCGAUUCCACCAGAUCAAGUCCACAGACAGACAGGCCCAGACAGAAAAUGGGAAAAGAAAUGUUCAAAGAUUUCCAGAUGGCUCAGCCUCCGCCAGUGCCAUCACGAAAACCAGACCAGCCUUCCCUCAGUUGUACCUCAGAGGCCUUCUCCAGCUAUUUUAACAAAGUCGGGAUGGCACAGGAUGCAGAUGAUUGUGAUGACUUUGACAUCUCUCAAUUAAAUUUGACUCCUGUGACUUCUACAACGCCAUCUACAAAUUCACCUCCAACCCCUGCUCCCAGACAGAGUUCUCCAUCAAAAUCAUCAGUCUCUCAUACCAGUGACCCUACUGCAGAUGACCUCUUCGAAGAGGGGUUUGAAAGCCCAAGCAAAAGUGAAGAGCAGGAGGCUCCUGAUGGAUCUCAGGCCUCUUCCAACAGUGAUCCAUUUGGUGAGCCUACUGGUGAUACUAUAAGUCCACAGGUCGGUAGCUAGAUAGCGCAGGUUGGGGAAACAGAACCUCUCUACGCCCAGAUCAACAGACCUAAGAAAUAGCAUUAUUACAGGCUUGUGGUGCUUCAAGACUCCAGUGAAAAUCUACAACCUGACAGGCCUUUUGGCUCUUAUGCUUGUUUUUGAUUGAUCCUGUCUGACAAAGGAUAGAGGAUUGCCCUACCAAACGUACCUGACAGUUUUUGGCAAUGAAUGGCAAAUUUCUAUGGCAGCACAAACAUAAAAAUGAGCCCUGCUUACCAUGCCAAGCAUCUGAGUUCUGAGCACCCACAGUACGAAAUCUUACUCCUUGUUCUUUGUUUAAACUCUUCUUUACAUCCCACCUGAACAAUGGGCAUUUGAAAUUGAAUAAGUAUUAGCCAUUGUUUUUCUUUUAAGCAAAAAAUAAAAGCAGAAUCCAUAUGUAGCAGUGGCAUCGUCAUUCAACAGCCUUUCAGGCACAAGUCUGCACUUUUUAUGUCACGGUGACAUGUUUCUCAUUGUCAUGUAUAUCAGGCUACUCUUGACAUUCUAUUCCCCUCCCUCACCUCACCUCACCUCCGUCUUGGCAUAUUUAAAAAAAAAAAAAGACAGGCUGUGUUAUUUUUUUGUAUUUCUUAUUCUGUUGUUUUGUAUGGGUAACAGAAAUUAACAGCAAAAUGCCUCCUAUGGAAAUGAUUCUUAACUUGAAACCGCAGAAUAAAACUGUGUUGAUUAUCCAUCCUGGUUGAAAAACAUUGCCAAAUGGACCUUUAAGUUAUAGCGCAUCAUGAGGAAGAAUUGCUGCUUUUCUGUGUGAAUACUCAUUCUGUGGGUGGAAAAAGGACAUCAAAUCCCAUUGAUGAAAGAGGUGAAAAAUAUGUUAUUUCCUAGGAAACUCAUAAAACAAAGUACAGUAAAGGAAUAUUUUUUAUUUCUUCGCUAUCUUGCUGCUGUAAUGCUAUGCAGACAAGUGUUUUCUUCUCUGUGUGCCAUUUUUGAAGAAAAAAAAAUCAUUUGCCAAAUAAUUCUGGUAUAAUUCUGGUUUAUGGAUUUUAGAUGAAACAGACUUUAUAAAUGGGACAAUGAUGGCAUGAAUUUUGGAAUAACAAACUGAUUCUGUGAUCAAAUUGUUCAUCUUUAUCACUUUUUGUACAUCAGAAAAUUCAAAUGGGAUUUUUAUUUUAUAACUUGAAAAAAAUCUUACCGUUAAACUCUUUAAAUGUUUAAGGGGAAAUGGCUUUAAGGAGUUCAAAUGAAAAUUGCCAGUUUUUUGUAAAUAUAAAUGUUAUGAAAAUUCUUUUAAUAAUGCCAUUACACUGUAGAGAAGGUAGCAAAUUGCAGUGCUUGGGAGGCGUGGCAAACCCAAUUUGUGGUUCUUGCAUCACAUAUGUUUUUUCACAUGCUUAUUAUAAUAGGCAGAGGCUGAAGUGCACCUGCCAACAGCAAUUAGCUUGUCAGCAACUAGUAAAAUUGCUGGGAACACAAGAUUUUAUGAUCUAGCUUUUUCCACACAAGUAUACAUUCUCCACAUUAAAAAAAACAACCCACAUUUCAUAGACGUUUCUUUGAUUCCGAAAUCUCUAAAUGGAAGUCAUCAGACUGUUUACACACAGAACAGAAGAAUUUAAAAACUCCUUUUUUUACAUUUAUGAAACAAAAGUGCAGUGUUUGGGUUCCUAUGUUAGCACAUGAUUUUCAUAAAGAAUCUAUAUAUUUUUGCCCUACAGAGAAUUGUUAUACAGGUCAAAUGUGUUUUCCUGAUGUUCCUAUGCAGUUACAGUAUAUUGAAUUUAGUGGUUUAACACUAAAAAAAAAUAUUAAAGAAAUCAAACGAUUAAUCUGUUUUUAGGGUUAUUGUGCAGAUUUUGUUUUUAACUUGAAACAUUAGGAUUUAUAUUUCUGUCAUUGAUUUAAAUAGGCCUGAAGUUGUAAAUCUUUUACUUUCUUUCAUCUCUAUAUAAGCUAAAAAGGGUUUAGAAGACAGCAUAUUUACUGUAAACAUAGAAAGCUGAAAGAUGAACUGGUGAUUGUUGAUAUGUACACCCAAAUCUCAUGAUUCCAAUCUGAUAUUUUGAAUUAGGUAAACUAGAGAAUUGUGAGUUACAGAAGAUAUAUGAAUGGCAUAUUACAUAUGGCUAGACCUAAUGAACAUGCAGAGAAGAGAUCCUCCGAUCCGUCAUUGUUUGCUUAUUCCAUAGGCAUGUAGAGACGCUUGUAGCAAAGUCAUAUUUUCACAUCAGAAGAAAGGUGCAAACAGUUUUCUAACUGUAGGAGUUAAAUCAAAACCAGAUGGAUUGUGUGUUUUGGGAUUAAAAUAAGGAAAAAAAUAUUUCCACAGGGCAUUUCUUUUUUAAGGAUAUUUUCAUAAUUUUGAUCUCAAUAAGUGGUGCUACUUUCUUCCUCAAUAUGACUUUUUUAGGUUUUGUCUUGCAGUAUUGAACCAUGAAGACACUAAUUUUGAUUCCUCAUAAACAUUCAAAGCGUUGCAUAGUCAAUACUUUUUCAGUUAUGCAGUAAAAUGUUUAGAGAGAAGGAAAUGCAGAGUCAAGUCUCAGUGGAUCCAUUGACAUUACAUAUAUAGAGCUCAGAUCGGAAAAGUAGGUACAAACUAAAUGAGGUUGGGAUUUUAAGAUCAGUUUUAUGAGAGACCAUAGUCCACAUUGUCAUUGGCCAUUUUGUUUUUAUUUGUAACCAAUAUUUUUAAAAAAUACAUCUAUAGCUACCAUAUCAUUAUCACUAGACUGCCCUUCCUGGUCAUAGUUGAGAUACUGAUUUGCAGAGGACUGUGGGGAGUCUGCACUGUACCAGUAUUGUAGAUAAAUAACAGAUCCAGCUUGUGCAAUUGUUUAAACUCUCAUCCUUCACUAGCACUAAAUUUGUCACUUUAAAUUUUAAAACCAGGGAAUCUCACCCAACAUCCUGUUACCAUCCCCAGAAGUUUCUUGAUCUUUACAUGUCAUGAAAAAUAUUUUGAUAGAUAGGUUUCAUCAGACACUUGGAUGACUACUAUCAUCUAAUAAUGUACUGGGCACCUUCUUUGCAAAAAUGUUUACUCUGUGGUUUUCAUUCAUUUUUAUUUCUGCAUUCUGACAUAUUUUUUUAAUAAAGAUGAGAAAGAUAAAAUGACUGUUGCAGUAUGUUUCUAGACCUACUUUAACUUUACCUCAGAUGAUGACCAUUUGUUAACAUAUAUGGACACAUUAUUUUUAACUUUAUGUGUAAUGCAUUCAACAACAAAAACAACAAAUUUUUAGAAAUUUUCCAUUAAUUUCUGUAACACACCAUGUAAUACUGUUACAAAUAAAA